UUCCGUUCGUUAUACGUUGAAACGCCCGAAAGUGAGGAUCAUUCGCCAUUAUUAUAUAUCGACGCCACGAAAUAUCGUUCUUUCAGUUUAUAAUUUCUAUCUAACAUUAAUCAUUUCUUGACUCGUUUCCAUCUUGAAACUAAAUAUGAGCGACAUUGAAAGAAGUGGUAGUCGAAGUUCAAGCCCACGAAGACCACGUACAGCUGAUGGAGGAUUAAGGGAUUCACGUUCACAUUCAAGGUCACGUAAAUCUCGCGAACGAAAAGAAUCCCACAGGGCAGUUAAAGAAUACUCCAGAUCACGGAGCCGUUCUCUAUCGCGCAGCCGAAAGUCUUAUCGGAGUAAUAAAUACGCUAGUGCUGGUCAUCGUGGAAGUAGUCGCAGUCGCAGUCGUUCUCUUUAUAGAGGCGGUAGAUAUUCUCGCAGCAGAUCUCGAUCGUACUCACGUUCCCGCUAUUCUCGAGAACGUGAUAGGAAUAUCUAUCGAUCACAUUCUCGAAGUCCAAUGUCGACAAGAAGACGUCAUGUUGGUAACAGAGACAAUCCUUCUCCUUCUCGAUGUUUAGGUGUAUUUGGGCUUUCCAUAUUUACCACAGAACAACAAAUUCAUCACAUCUUCUCAAAACAUGGACCGGUUGAAAGUGUACAAAUUGUUAUUGACGCUAAGACAGGACGAUCCAAAGGAUUUUGCUUUGUUUAUUAUGAAUCUUCUGAAGAUGCUAAAGUAGCAAAAGAACAAUGCACAGGAAUGGAAAUUGACGGACGACGAAUAAGAGUAGACUAUUCUAUCACACAAAGAGCCCACACGCCUACACCUGGUAUUUAUAUGGGAAAACCAACGCAUCUACCUGACCGAGGAUGGGAUGGACCAAGGCGUAGAGAAAGCAGUUACAGAGGAAGCUAUCGCCGCUCUCCAAGUCCAUAUUACAGCCGACGACGAUCACGUUAUGACAGGUCGAUAUUAAGUGACCGAGUGUGAUGCGAGAGGCCAGGUGUUUGGGAGCCAUUUGUGUGACUUGACCCUAUGACCCCAAAUUUCUUCUAACUAUACCGUACCGGGUCAAAAAUGCAAACGCUACAUUCUUACUGCUGUUCUUACCUUACCUAUUUCUGCAUUAUACGCGAUUAAAUAUAUAACAUUUACGUUAUAUUAUACAAUAUCAAUUAAUGAGAUAUAACAUUUUAAUAUGCAAAGGAGUCUAGCAUAUUCUUUGCAUGAAACAGUAAGGUUGGAAUGGACACAAUAGUUAAUUUUCUUUUUCGAUAAUAUUAUGAAGAAUAGGUUUAAGUUACUCAUACUAUGAUUAUCAUGUGAAGGUUGGAAUAUGAUUGAGUUAUGAAUUUAAUUUGAAUAUUUAAUAAUUUGCUUAAAGUUGUAUUCCAGCCGUUGGACACUAGAUACCACUAACUACUAAACAUGGUAGAAAUCGGGAAAUCUGGUAUUCCUAUCCGUUUAUGAAACAAAACAAAAAAGCAAAAAAAAACCAUAAAACAAAAAAAAAUACAAAAAAAAAUUAAACCUGAAAAUAGAAAUAAGGUCUCUAACCUGUUUGUUUGUUUAUAAGGUUUUGAAUCAAGAGGUAUUGGAUGAUAGAGGGAAGUUUGAAGUUUCACUCUGAAAAAAUGAAAGUUUUGAAAAAUUGAAGACAAGAUUUCUGAAGAUGUUUGUCUUGCUCGCAUUUCAAGAUAUGAAGGUUUUUCGCGCAUGUGACAAAGAAUAUGAUCCGAAUCGCAUUCAUUUCCGCGGCUGAGAAGUCUCAAGCCUAGAAGAUCAGCAAGUACUAUAAAGCAAGCCUCAAGAGUCAGAAUCGUUGGCCCCCGACCUGGACAAAUCAGUGGUUGGGGGUGAAACUGGCUGAACGUUUCAGAAAAUGUUCAGGAAGCAUCGAAAUCUUUUCUAAGUAGGGAAGAGCGUAAGGUGCUCCAAGGUUGUUUAUACUGAUCAUAUUCUUUCUCAGUUGAUUUGAUUUACAAUACAAUAUUCGCUAUUAGAGAUUCUCCUGAAAAAUAAAUAAAAUGUUUAUAUACCUCCAUCCAUCCCAUCCCUCCACCAUCCUAAAACCUCCAUCUCCACGAAGGCAAAUUUUUUUGAUUUUAUACGCAGAUAAAACAUUAAAUAUAAAUUGGACAAUUAAUAAAUAUGAAUUUUUAUAUA